AUGAUUCCCAACAGAUACCUGCUCACAGGAACCUUCAUCUUGGCUACGCUGCUGAGUUCCCAGGAAGUCAGGGCCAUUAAAGCUGACCACGUGGGCACCUUUGGCACAACAGUCUACCAGUCUUAUGGACCCUCAGGCCAGUACACAAACGAUUUUGAUGAGGAUGAACUAUUCUAUGUGGACCUCAAGAAGAAGGAGACUGUGUGGCGGCUACCUGAGUUUGGCAACUUUGCCAAGUUUGACCCGCGGGGAGGAUUGAGAAACUUUGCUAUGAUGAAGAAUAUCUUGGACAUACUGAUGAGAGAAUCUAAUUAUACUGCUGCCACAAAUGAAGUUCCUGAGGUGGUUGUGUUCUCAAGAACUCCCAUAGAGCCAGGCCAGCCAAACACACUCAUCUGUUUUAUAAACAACAUCUUCCCACCUGUAAUCAACAUCACAUGGCUGAAAAAUGGACAGACAAUCACCACAGGUGUGAUGGAGACCAACUUCUAUCCCCAAACAGACAACUCUUUUCAGAAACUGAGCUACCUCACCUUCAUUCCUUCCACUGAAGAUGUCUAUGACUGCAAGGUGGAGCACUGGGGCCUGGAGAAGUCUCUCCUUAAACACUGGGAGCCCCUGAUACCAGCCCCUCUGCCAGAGACAACAGAGACUCUCACCUGUGCCCUGGGUCUGACUGUGGGCCUGUUGGGCAUCAUUGUGGGCACCAUCCGUAUUGCCAGGAGCAUGACUGGGACAGCUUCUCCCACCCUUGGCCUCAAGAGCCCUUAUGAGUCACCAUAA